UUUUUAAAUGAUUUCUGCUCAAGAGUCCAGCAGCCAACACUUGUUUAUGGAAUUGAACAAAAUAUACAAUUUAGUUGUUUAUUGAGUCUUUGUUAAUCAGUGGCGAAUGAGUCAACGUUAAAAUAAGGAAAAGUGGAACGGGCGAUUGAACUAAAAAUUACCGUAUUUAAACAAAAGAGAACAACGACAACACGAUAAAUAAAACUUGUAUUGUUUGUUGUUUGUGUUAUUACGUUUUUUUUUUAUUUUCUUGUACUUUUAUUUAUUUAAAAAAUGUUUAAAACUAAAGUUUUGUUUUUUUAUGUUUUAUUCUCCUUCAUAUCAUUGGGUACAUUACAAGUUCAACAACAAUCUUUGUGGCCCGAUGAUAAUGACCAUUUCAAUAAAACUUUGGCAAAUAUAAUGCAACCCCGAGUUGUGGGAUCUGCAGGUCAUACAAAAGUACUCCAAUUUAUAACAAGAGAAUUGCAAUCAUUGGGUUUUAACUCGGAAAUCGAUGAAUUUUCCGAAAAAGUGCCCAUAUUUGGCAAUGUUACAUUUGCUACUAUUGUUGGUGUACUCAAUCCGGAUGCGAGUGACUUUUUGUCCUUAGCCUGUCACUAUGACAGUAAAUAUUUUCCAAAUGAUCCAGGGUUUGUUGGUGCUAUUGAUUCUGCCGUACCUUGUGCAAUUCUGCUUAACACUGCCAAAACUCUACAGCCUUAUUUGCAGCAAAAUAAAGGUCGCAACGACCUGGGAUUAAUGCUAAUAUUCUUUGAUGGUGAGGAAGCUUUUAAAGAGUGGACAAAUACAGAUUCUUUAUAUGGUUCUCGACAUUUAGCGAGAAAGCUUUCAACUUCUCAAGCUAAAGCUUCACCAAAAAUACGGCAUAUUGAUAGAAUUGAAGUUUUAGUUCUUUUAGAUUUAAUUGGAUCAGCCAAUCCCAAAUUCUCUAGUUUUUAUACCAAUACCCAGGGUUUGCACAGCAGUCUCUGUGAUAUUGAACGAGAUUUCAUGAAACAGAAACUUUUAGAGGGUCAUAAUCUUAUGUUUUUAAAUCGCCAAGCACAAGGGUUUGUAGACGAUGACCAUCGUCCAUUUUUACAAGAAAAUGUUCCUAUACUACAUGUAAUACCAACACCAUUUCCGCCUCAAUGGCAUACAGCCAAUGAUAAUGCAGCCAAUUUACACUGGCCCACCAUCAGAAAUUUCAAUAAAAUCUUUCGCACCUUUGUCUACGAGUAUUUGCAACGUCACCGGGAAAGAGUUAAUUUAAGAUUUUUCUAAUUUUUUUUAGCAGAUUGUAUAUUUUAAAAUGUUGUAAAUUUUAUUUUUUUUAGAAAAUGUUAAAUUUUUAUUCAUUAAAACUAAUGUAAAGAAACAUGUUACUACAUAA